AUGGGUCGCUUCAAGCUCUACAAGAAAUUCCUUGGGUUUUAUAAAGUUUAUUGUGGACUAAAAGAACCAUUGAGAAUCUUAGCUGAUGAACAAUUUCUUCAAGAGACAAAUAGACGAUGUUUAUCUCUUCCAAAUCUUCUUCUUAAAAUCUUCAACUGCAAAUCCACUGUUUGUAUUACAAAUUGUAUAAAAAAUAAUCUUCCAUCCACUUUUGUUUAUCCACCUCAUAUUGAUAUUGAGUGUAAACAUCUUUCUCCAUGUACUACUAAUCUUUGCUUUAAUUCUCUUUUAGAACCAUUUAAGGGAAAAUUAGGAACAAAAGUGCCUUAUAAUUAUGUGAUUGCAACAAUGGACCAAAAUCUUAUUGAACAAUAUCGUCAUACUCGUUUUCCUGUCAUAACAUACGACAAACAAAUUCUCAAGUUAUGCUCUCCUUCUCCUUCUCUUAAACGUAUUUAUAAAGUAACACUUUCAAAAGCAAAAGAAUUAACUCAUGAAGAAAAAAUUUUAGCUAAAAAAGCUGAAGAUGAAUUUCAUGCUUUAAUGAAUGAAGAAAAUAAACAAAUGAUUGGAAUGCAAACUCAUCUUAACAGUUUAAUUAAAUCAAAAAAACCUAAAGGUCCAAAUCCACUUUCAAUCUUAAAGAAGUCUCUCUACAAACCUCAAUCUACUUCUCUUCUUUCUAAUUUAAAUAGAAAAGUUCGUCGUGGAAGUCGUGGAAAUCAAAAAGCAAAAAAGAUUAGAAGAUUUAAACUUAAAUCUCUUUUAAUUGCUUCUUCUUUGAAUGAGACUUCUUCUUCUCUUUAA